AUGAACAGAUCCAAACUCUCAGAGACUGAACAAAGGAAAGCCGACCUCAGCAUCUCUCCCUCAGCUUCCUGUUGCCAUGGAAACAUAUUGGCUCCGGGUCCGGGCUGGGACAGACUCAACAAUGACAUCAUCGCUCAGAAGUUUGAACAAAGAGGAAAAAAACAGCAGCGUCUGAGAUUUCAGAGAAUCAGGAGGAAAUACUGGAAAGAGGAAGAUGUCUACGGGAGGAGGAGUCAGAGGAGGAGGAGUCAGAGAGGAUUCAAGGGAGAAGGGGUCAGAGGAGAGUCAGAGGAGGAGUCAGAGAGGAGUCAGAGAGGAGUCAGAGGAGAGUCGGAGGAGGAGUCAGAGAGGAGUCAGAGGAGAGUCAGAGAGGAGUCAGAGGAGGAGUCAGAGAGUAGUCAGAGGAGAGUCAGAGAGGAGUCAGAGGAGGAGUCAGAGAGGAGUCAGAGGAGAGUCGGAGGAGGAGUCAGAGAGGAGUCAGAGGAGAAGGAGUCAGAGGAGAGUCAGAGGAGGAGUCAGAGGAGGAGUCAGAGGAGGAGUCAGAGAGGAGUCAGAGGAGGAGUCAGAGAGGAGUCAGAGAGGAGUCAGAGGAGAGUCGGAGGAGGAGUCAGAGAGGAGUCAGAGGAGAAGGAGUCAGAGGAGAGUCAGAGAGGAGUCAGAGGAGGAGUCAGAGAGGAGUCAGAGGAGGAGUCAGAGAGGAGUCAGAGAGGAGUCAGAGGAGGAGUCAGAGAGGAGUCAGAGAGGAGUCAGAGGAGAGUCGGAGGAGGAGUCAGAGAGGAGUCAGAGGAGAGUCGGAGGAGGAGUCAGAGAGGAGUCAGAGGAGGAGUCAGAGAGGAGUCAGAGGAGAGUCGGAGGAGGAGUCAGAGAGGAGUCAGAGGAGAGUCGGAGGAGGAGUCAGAGAGGAGUCAGAGGAGAAGGAGUCAGAGGAGAGUCAGAGAGGAGUCAGAGGAGGAGUCAGAGGAGGAGUCAGAGGAGGAGUCAGAGGAGGUGUCAGAGGAGGAGGAGUCAUUAAGAGUAGUAGUGAACAUACCAGAUAAAGUGGAUUAUAAUCCAGUGGACUCUGACUCCUCCUCUGACUCCUCUCUGACUCCUCCUCUGGAGUCAGAGGAGGAGUCAGAGAGGAAGUGGAUCUACUUCCAUCUGAAAGAAACAAAGGUUUUAUUGUCCUCCUCCUCCUCCCUCCUCUCCCUCCCUCCUCACCUCCCCUCUCUCCUCUCUCUCCCUCACCUCCUCCUCUCCCCUCUCUCACUCCCCUCCACCUCUCUCCUCACCUCCUCCUCUCCACCUCUCUCAUUCACAUCCCCCUCACCUCCUCCUCUCCCCCCUCUCACCUCCUCCUCUCCCCCCCCAUCCUCUCUGACUCCCCCUCACCUCCUCCUCUCUCCUCUCACCUCCUCACCUCUCUCCCCCUCUCUCACCCCCUCCUCCUCUCCCUCAACCUCCUCCUCUCUCCCUCACCUCCUCCUCUCUCCUCUCUCCACUCCACCUCCUCCUCCUCACCUCCUCUCUCCCUCACCUCCUCCUCUCUCCCCUCACCUCCUCCUCCUCUCUCCUCUCUCACUCACCUCCUCCCUCACCUCAUCCUCUCUCCCUCACCUCCUCCUCUCUCACUCACCUCCUCCUCUCUCCCCCCUCCCUCACCUCCUCCUCUCUGUGUGUUUUCAGUCCGUGCAGAAAGAAGAUCUAUGUCUGCAGUUGCUGCAUCAGGACCGGACCCUCCUGGAGCUGGAGGAGGAGCUACAGAGACUGACCCGGGACCUAGACCUAGACCUACACCCGGACCUGGACUUGGACCCAAACCUGGACCCAGACCUUGCCCUGGCUCUGCAGACCCUGCUGAAGCAGAGGAAGGCUCUGGAGGAACAGCAGCUGCAGAAUGAGGAGGAGCUGCAGCAGGAGGUGUUCUGGAGACAGGAGCUAAAGGAGGAGACCCGGAGAGCAGCAGAGCUGAGCGCCCGUCUGCAGCAGCUCCACUGGUCCCUGCACCAUCAGACCCAGCGGUUGUCCUCUCUGGUGUCUCACUCUGAGGCUCUUCAGUCUGACACUCACACACACACAGAGGCCGCUCUACAACCACUGAAGCUGGAGCUACAAGAGCGCCACCUUCAGGCCCAGAGCAUCACUGCAGCUUUGGAGGAGAUGCAGAGACAGAAGUUUCACACAGACGCCCACAUGAGGACCCAGAGGCAGCUUCUGGACGACCUGAACAAGGAGCUGCGACAGUGGAACCUGCAGCAGUUCAUCCUCCAGGCCUCAGGCUCCACCCCAUCCGACAUCCAAUCAGCAAACGAUUCUGGACCCAUCCAAUCAGCAAAUGGUUCUGGACCCACCGACGUCACCAACAUCUACCUCAGCAAUGCGGGCAUCAUGGAGUAG